UGCUUCGAAAUUGAGACUUCCAGAAUUUCACUCAGAAAAUACUACAAUAAAGCUCUGCUUGUCUUCCAACGAACGAAAGAGUUGAAAGAUCAACCGGAGACUCCAGAAAGAUAAACGGAAGAUGGAAGAACUAACAUCAGCACUGAAUGCCCACAAGGACCAAAUGGCAGAUCUGGUUGAGAAACUCACCGCCGAAUUGCGCUCCAGUUUAACUCCUGCCUAUAACAACUUUAUGGGAUUCUUCCAUGCCAUUGACUGGAGGGAGCCAUGGUUGAUAUGCCUAGUUGCUUUCCAUGCUGUGCUCUUCCUAGUGGCAAUCAUUUCAAGGAGGAAUAUUAAUUUUCAGAUGUGCUUGUUCCUUCUUGCAUUGGCAGGAGUAUAUCUAGCUGAGUGGCUGAAUAGCAUCUUAGCUAACAACUGGAAAAGCUUUGCAACCCAGAAUUAUUUUGACUCACAUGGACUCUUUCUCUCAGUACUCUGGUCUGGACCUCUUCUGGUUGUUGCAAUUGUAGUAUUGGUAAACACCCUUUUCUCACUAUGUUACUUGAUUGUGAGAUGGAAGAAUGCUGAGCUCAGACACCGAGCAAGAGAAGCACGAAACAAGCAGGAUUAAUUAAUUGUUGCUUUUGCUUCAACGCCCUUUUUCAGAGAACUUUUGCUGUAGAAUUUUUGGUGGUCUAUCUGUUACAGUUUUGAUUAAUUAUCCAAUGAUGGAUAUAGGAAACGAGAGACACAAAAACAAUUUAGCUUUUCUAUAAGCGCAAGUUUUACUGUAGGUGUUAUUAGAAUAUAUUACUCUGAUUCUGUCUCCUGAUAAACUUUUAGAUUGCCUAAACAUAAGGUUUUAUUCUAAUACUCUGUACUUGAGAUGAAAUUCGCCAUGAUGUCAUUGUCAGGAUAUUGCAGUGGUAACUUUCAGUUGUGCUGCAAUUGUUAAC